AUGACAAGGGUAAAGAAAAACGUUCCACGCCGUGGUUCCGACCCAAAUCUUCAUCCUCCUCAAAAGGUUACAAUCAAAAGGCCAACUUCAUCGGCUUCUUCACUUCAAUCGUCAACCAAAAAACAAAAACAAAAAGAUAUUGAAUCUCUUUCUUCUGAUUCCGAAUCAAUGUCGUCCAUUUCAGAACUAACCUCAACUGACCAAAUAUCAGGUCUACCAGGAUCUCUGCCAACUAGCAUCCGUUCUUCUUCUCCGGGAAAAUCAAUCUCCAACCGCUCAACGCCUACUCCCACUCAAGACCUUCCACCUGUCGAACAAAAGAUCAAACCUCCUCCACCACUAAUCACUUCUACCUCAGCAUGGAGGAAAGCAGCGUCCAAACUUAUGAAAGCAGUUCCUAUUGACUCGAUAACAGUCAAAGCUUUCCGGAAUGACUCGGUCAAAAUCCAAUGCACUGACUCUGAUAUGUUCAGAAUUGUCCAAAAAUAUUUCAAGAACACUGAAACCGAAUUUUUCACGUUUCCAAGUCCCGAAGAAAAAACACUCAAAGUCGUAAUCAGGGGCUUGCCUACUGAUAUCUCCGACAUCGAACUCUCCGAAGAACUAGUAUCCAAAGGAUACGAAAUCUCUGCAGUCCGCCAAUUCGUUAAAGCCGGCAAAAAAUUGCCCCUUCAUAUGGUCUCCUUACCAAACAACCCUGCCAGCAAGUCAAUAUUUAGGGAAUCUUCAUUCUUUUAUAUCUCGGUAAAGGUAGAAGCCUACAAAGCGACAAACCCAGCCCAGUGCUUUAAUUGCCAACGUUUUGGUCAUUCCAGCAUCUACUGUGGGUUUACCCCAAGAUGCGUGAAAUGUGCUGGAUCCCACCUGGCUAAAGACUGCCCCAAGACCCUAGAACAGACUCCCAAAUGCAUUAAUUGUGAAGGCCCUCACACAGCCAACUACAAACAAUGUCCAGAAUUCUUAAAGACUAAAGCCGCUAAGCAAGCAUCCCUACCCAUGUUCAAUCAACAACGCGUUCAAACAACUCUUUAUCAACCUCCAGCAACCAUCACUCCUCCAUCUAAUGAAGAUGCUAUAAUCCGCCCUCAGUCAUACGCAACUGUAGUUGGCCCUAAGCCUUCAAAAUUAUCAAGCCAGCCUGUCAAUCCAGAAGCUAUCCAAUUGCUCACUAAUCUGCUGUCAGAGCUCACAGCCGGCUCCGCCAACAUCAGAAACGUUCUCAUCUCUACUCUAAAUGCUCUUAUCCCCCUUCUCCUAUCUCACAAUGGCUGA